AUGCUAAACGCCAAUGCGAAAGCGUUCAUUCCUCCGGGGGUGAUUGAGGGCGCACCACCGAGCUUCCAUACAAUCGGGUGGUACCGGUACUGUCUGAGCGUUCCGGUAGAGAGAAAAAUGAGCGCCCUUCACGAGGAUAGCUAUUUGAACAGUAUUUCAUCGCUUUUGUCUCUUAGGUAUCUCUACGCCGACCGUGGCGGAUUGGACGACGACUCACUGCAGUACUUUAUCAACGGGCAGUUUAUCAUGUCGAACAAUAUCCCGUCAAGCGGCGACGAAGAGCAUGCAUCAUCAGGGUUUUUACUUUCGCGGUCUAUCUUGACGUUAUACACAGAUCUUGCCGCCGUCAAACAUUUGAAUGAUUCUCGAGGUCUUCUUGUGCACCUAGAUUUGCCGACAGAAUUCAACGUUGAUGUCUCUAUUUUUCUGGCAAGCGCCUGGGAGGCGUUUUUUGCCGCCGUAUCGGAAAACCCUAGCGUGUCAGCCGUUGGCUACAGUCGAUCAGUGGUUGGCAUGAGCGGAAAUCAGACGAAUGGGACAUACAGGCACUAUUUUUUCGCAGCGUGCGCUUUGCCUGAAUCGCUAGAGCUAGUGAUCAUGGACACUAUGUCUGAGUUUCCUGUUCCCGUUGCGCGGAUUGUGCACAUGAAAUCGGUGGUGCCGUACCUCUGCAGUCCUCAUUUGCAGCUAGGCGUCAUGAUAACUGUCGGGGACGAGGCGAAGCGUAGUGCAAUCAAGGAUCGGAAUGCCGAUUUUUCGCUGGAAAUGACGUACCGAGCAGACAAUUUUCUUGAGGCGUGGAAAGCGAUACGCAACAUCGAAACCCAAUUUUUGGAGGUACUCAACAGAGAUGUUAAGUGGGACAGAAUUCACAUUUUGCACCUACACAUUGACCCGACACCAACUGAGAACCCGGUCUCAAUUCCCAUUUGGGAUAUAGUUUGGUUUAUUGGACUUUUGUGCGAUGAUUGUAGCGCCAGCAUCAUUGGAGUGUCAUUUUCUACCACAGCUCUUGAUUCUCCGACGAAGGAGCUGGUAAGUCGCAACAAAAGCGCACCGUUUUAUGUGUGCAGCAACCUGGAUGCAAUGCUGGUGGCUAAUUUAUCUCUUGACACGAAAAGCACAUAUUACGGGGGUGUUCCUUCGCAUGUGAAAACAGUUUUGCCGUGCUGGACUUGGGAGCCAGCCGUUAGCGCAAUGGAAUUAUGGCAGCGUGCUCGAAAACACCUUUCCCCAGUCGAGAUGUUGACGCGCAUGUCAUUUGCGGACGCUGCAGACAGUUUCGCGCGAGGUAUAUACACGGUUCACCGAAAAGCUGUGGGAACGCCUAUCGUUCUUGGAACGGAUUCAAAGGGCAACAUUUUUGGUUAUGACGUUGAUCAUAACAGCGUCUUUGGGCUUCCCCUCUGUUUUGGCGGCACCGUAGAUCCAGUGAUUAGUUGUGUGUUCAAGGGCACACUUUCUUCCUCGUACCGGAGCAGCCUGGAUUAUCGAAUUAUCAUAGACGACAUCUUGCUUUUCAAAGGCAAGGAAACCAAAGGCAUCCCGUUUGCCGAGCGCAUGCGUAUGCUGAGCAAUCUUGGAAUUGAGGAUGAAAGCACAUGGCCGCAUGCCGACCCCGCCCACAUUGUUAUCCUUAAAGCAGAGUGCCUUCCGUUAGAUUCCUCCAAGAAACUCGUGGAUACUCCGGUUUUCGAUCACAGUAACAUGGGGCUCGUCUUCACUCCAUCAAUCCAGCCAGAUGAUAAUUCAGUAUUUCCCACAUUCGUCUGGGUGCCUCCAACAUCACUCACUGUUCGGUUUGUGGUCGAAAAUAUCGUAGUCGCGAACGAAAUGAAUGAAGGUUUUGACCGUGCUUACCUUGGGGUCUCUUCCAACAAUGUUCACAGCAGAAUAAUCAUACCCUACGAAGGCGAAUUCGCAGAUUAUCAGAGGGAGGCGUACCCUACACUGGGUGUGGGCUCCAUUGUGGAAUGUUUACUUCGCCGUGCCGAUGAUGGUGCUCACUGGUGGGAUGUUUUGCAGGACUUCGACAUCGCUGAAAAGUACGAGGCAGACUCAUUCGAUCAUGUUGAUGAGCUUGUUCAUAGCCCCGGUGUGACGCAGGAGGAAAUGCUGUGGCUUUUGAAGGCACCUUCUUAUCAGUGCGAGCGGUGCCACAAGGUGAACGACGUGGGCAGACGGAACAACAGGCACAAUGCGUACUGGUGUAAGAACUGCUGGAUCGAAACGGGGCACGGUGAUUGCGUGUACUGCGGACGCACUUUUGUGCUAGGCAUGCUGGACGGCACCAGCAACUUUUUUUACUGCGAAGAGUGUUGGAGGUCGUUUUCGACCUUCAACACGGACGCUGAAAUUGGCUACCACGUGCCACCACCCCCAAACGCGACUUUUACACAGCAGGUGACCACUCGAUGUGUUUCUCUCUUGAUCGAUCUGAUGAAUCCGAAGACGCCCUCAAACGAUAUUUUGGAUCUGUGCUGCGGUGGGUCUGUUGCGCGAAAGUGGAUGCGCAACAAGACCUCGCGCUAUGUGGGCAUCGAUCUGAAGCGCAGCGUGGUUGAUGCAAUAACGAGCCUCAUUUGCGACUCGAAGGAAAUGCCACCCGAGGCACGCUACGACGUCAUCUGUGGCGAUGUGUUUUCCGAAGACUUUUGGAUGAGCACCAUUGUGAAAAUGCACCCUCGACAGUUUCACCUCAUCAGUUGUUUCGCUGGGCUUCACCAUGCGUUUGGCAGCGAGGAAAAGGCGCGUCAUUUUUUGGGCAGCAUUGCAAAUGCCCUGGUUCCUGGUGGCACAUUUCUCGGUAUGUUUAUCGACGCUAGUGUUCUUUUCGCCAAGGGCAAGACGUACGCGAACAGCAUCAUGAAGGCAGGAUGGUCCGUUGACUCUGUUCCGCGCAUUGGCCACACGUUUCAGUUCACCACCAACAACGGACCAAUGCGUGAUGUGAACGUCAUACCCAUUGAUUUCUUGAUAGCGGUGGCCUCGGAAUAUGGGCUUCACGCAGUGUCCGAGGCUUACUUGACGUUUCGCGAGCUGAUUGAGAAGGAUGCCAGCUGGACUAAAGUUCCAUCCACGGAUGAGAAGGAGUACCUAUGCGCGCGGCGAACAUUUGCCUUCAAGAAAGAGAGCAACGAGCUGACGCCAUCCUCGCCUGCACGCAAGUCGGAUACUGACUGA